AUGGAGUUCGUUCAUUGUAUCCUAUUUCUAUGCCGCAGGCUCAUCCUUGGCCUCGAACUCUCCAUCGUCUUCCUCUUCCUCAUCGGGAAUUUCCUCAGCAGCUUUUUUGAAAUCAAUAACUUUUCCUCUGGUUCUUCUGCCGCCAGAGAUGAUGUUGGACUCAUCAAUCUCCAACAAAUCCUCCUCUUCGUCGUCCAAAUUUUCCUCCUCAGCCUCCUCCUUUUCAUCUCCGUCAUCGGACUCAGGUUCCUCUUUUGGCGCAUCGUCGUACUGGCGUCUUCUUCUCUUCUUUUUAGGCUUGUCCGAUUCUUCUGGCGCCCGUUUCUUGUCCGAGUCUACGUCCUCAGAAACUUUUGGAGACGCUUCGGAUUCCGCUUCAGCAGCUUUGGCACCAUUGGCAGCAUUGGCAGCAUUGUCUGUCUCUGGAACAUCAGCAACUUUCUCCUCUGGCUUAGCAUCCACAGGCUUUUUCUCUGUUUCGGUGUCGGACAUUUUGGUCAAGAGAUUGCUAGUGCUUCUUCCAUAUACGGCGCGCGCUUUGCUAUAUAA